GUCGAAGACGUCUUAUUAGCUUGUUUGGUUUUUGAGGAGGAUUGCAUGCGUGGGCAGCAUGAAGAUGAUCAGCUUCCCCUCGAGGUCAAGAUGUGCCCUUCAUCUCAUGCUGCCUCUGGCUCUCCUCUGCCUCUUCUCAGGUGCGCCGCGGCGCGCUGACUCUGCCCGAGUCUUCACCAUCGUCAACCUGUGCGAGACGACGAUCUGGCCGGCCGUGACGCCCGCCAGCGAGAGAUUCGGCGGCGGCGGCUUCGCGCUCCGGCCGGGGCAGUCCGUGGCGUUCACGGCGUGUUAGCGCGCGCUCUACUGAUGAAGACGGAGCUGUCACUGUUGGGCUCAGUGUGUGCGUGCGAUCCGGCUGAACAAACCUGAAUUCCGAAGAGCAAGCUGCCCUCGUCGGGUCAGCCGCCGCAAUCCCCUUCUCCUUCCUCCGAUCCCAUUUCUGCUAGCCUUUUCCCCAAUCUCUUCUCUCUUGCUAACACCUGGUAUCAGAGUCACGUCCUGGUGCUUCCCCUUUACCCGAUCUGGAUUCUUCUUCGACCCACGAUCAUUUCACUCGCCUUCAGCGCCGCCUUGGAGCCAUGAACCCCGACAUCAAGCUUGUGCUGGACACCAUGUCCAAGCACUUCGAGGAUCAGGACGCUCGCUGGGAGAAGCGCUUCACCGAGCACGACGAGAAGUGGGAGCACAAGUUCCUGGAGACCGAUGCCGCUCAGGACGUGCGCGUCUCUCGGAUCGAGCGCGCGGCGGACGCGCUCGAGCAGUGGCGGCCCGAGAUCGAGGGAUCCGUCGACGACCUGCGUUUGGAGAUGAAGAAGCUCAACAAGUACUAUGAACGCACCACCUUGGAGAACCAGGUGGAGGCGCCGCUUCUCUCCACCAUUCCUCUGCUUCCGGCCGGGCGCACAUCGGCGCCGGCUCCGACCAAUUGGCCCAACGGGCACUGCGUCGACACCAAUUCACGGGAGGAUGGCUUUGGAUCGGUUACGACCUUAGUUCAUCCCCCCGCCCAAGGGUACGUGUGAUCGUCCACCUUCCCGUUCCCGUGUUCCUCCUAGUGAGAGUCCUUUGCGUGAGACACCCCCUCUUCCUGGUUCGCGGGGCGCCCCCGGUUCCACAGGUCGCAUGCCGAAACUGAAUUUCCCGUCCUUCGAUGGCGAUAACCCAAAAUUAUGGCUCUAUCGUUGCGAGAGUUACUUCGAGAUGUGUUCCUUAGAGUCUUCCAUUUGGAUUCCUCUGGCAGCCAUGCAUAUGAAUGGUCCUGCGGCCAGAUGGUUUCAGUCAGUUGAGGAGAAACUCAGAUCUGCAUCCUGGUCUGAAUUUUUGCAUCUCCUUUUAGAUCGGUUUGGUAGAGAACAAAAAGAGUUGUUGAUCCGUCAGCUUUUCCACAUUCGACAGUCCGGUUCAGUAGCUGAUUACGUGUCCUAGUUUUCAGAGUUGUUGGAUCAGUUAGUUGCUUACGGUCAUUUCAAUGAUCCCAUCUAUUACGCUA